CAGUUUCUCUGCCUAAUUAAGGUAAUGGAGUGGGAAGAAUCUGGUGAGUAAAGCAGAUGGGCAAUGACAUGCAGAAAGGCCUCUGGGGGUUCAGGGAGUGAGCAGAACUUUAGCCAUUGAUUGGCCUGAGAGGAGAAGAUAAAAAGAGCUGGAUUGUUCUGUUAGAUCCAUCAGCAGCAGCUCAGGUCUGAGCUCCAUCAUCCAAAACAUCACAGCUGAGAGUUUAGAUCCCAGAGAGAAGCUGCUGGUCAGAGAGGAGAUGAUGCCGAGAAGGACAAAGAACCGGCGGAUUGCUACCCUGGUGCUGGGCUGGAUCGUGCUGAUGACCUCUCUACCACCUCCCGCCUUACACCAUGUGUCGGCUGUCAACCUGCGGCAGUUCGUUGGAUGUGCAGUUCGAGAAUUUACCUUCCUGGCCAAGAAACCUGGCUGUGGUGGGCUGCACAUCACUACUGAUGCCUGCUGGGGGCGCUGUGAGACCUGGGAGAAGCCCGUCCUGGAGCCUCCUUUCAUAGAGUCCUACCAGCGAGUUUGUACCUACAACCUGAGCCGUCUGGUCACAGUGAAACUACCCAACUGUAGGAACAACAUGGACCCGACCUACACCUACCCUGUGGCCCUGAAAUGCUCCUGUGGCGUCUGUCUGACCAGCACCACUGAAUGCAUAACCUCUGUCUGAAGACUCAUCCAGACAGUCUUUCUUUUUGUUGUUGUUGAUAAAAUGUUUAUUUAGGCUAAUGUUAAUGGAGGCUAAUUCACAUCAAGACAUUAUAAUUCCAAACAGAGAGAGCUCUGGUGGUGUCAAUCAGUUUGUCCUUGAUUGUAGGAAAUUAUGAAUCAUCUCAAUAUGGCUGAAGCCAGCAAUCAUCAUUUUGAAUAAAUGUUUUACAUUGUGUAAUGGUUUGAUGAGGCAGCAGGAUGUGAUUCUGCAGAUCUAUAAAAAGCUUCUUUUAAAUGUUUUCUACUAUAGGACCUUUUCUGAAGUGUCAGAGCCCUGAGCCAUUCCUCUGGUCUGAAGAAAACCUGUUAAACCUGUCAUCGUUUU